AGACGAACUCCACAGAUUACAGAGUAGAACUCUGAUGAAAACGAAAUGAGUUACUUGAUUUUUGCAAUAUUAAUUUUUGGAAUUUUUGACUCUACUUUGGGAAAUUUAGAGGCCGUAAAAGACGAUGAGCUGGUUGAGCUCAUAAGGAAUGAAAAAUAUCUGAUCGUUCUGUUCACUCAAAAGAACUGUGAAGAAUGUAGCAAUUUGGAAAAUGAGCUCAUUGGCCUCAGGGAAGUCUUGGUGGAAGAGAUUGAUGCCUGGGUGGUUAAAGUAGAGAACAGUCAGAUGACUCGAUUGUAUUCUCCUGGAUCUGUAGAACCAGUUUUGGUGUUUUUUAGACAUGGCAUUCCUCUUCUCUACCAUGGGGAACCAAAUGAAGAAGAAAUUCUUCAAAUGUUCACAGCAAAUAAGGAACCAGUUUCAAAAGAGCUAACAGAUGAAACUUUUGAACACCUCACACAAGCUGGUACUGGAGCUACUACAGGGGACUGGUUUGUGAUGUUCUAUACUUCAGACUGUAUUGAGUGUCAAAGAUUACAAGCUAUAUGGGAGGCUGUGGGGGCAAAAAUAAAAUCUCGCACUAAUAUCGCUAGAGUGAAUAGAGCAACUACAGGAGCUGCUACGGCUAGAAGAUUCAACAUUUACGAAGUGCCUGCAUUUGUAUUUUUCCGUCUUGGUAAGAUGUAUCGAUAUAAUUUUGGGGAGCUGGAUGUUGACUCUCUAGUGACAUUUGCACAAAAUUCCUAUAGACACAUGAAACAUGAGUCGGUGCCUACACCAAAAACUCCAUUCGACGAUUUGAUUGCUCUGAUAAUAGUUUACCUGAAGGAUUAUCCAUGGUUAUGGCAAGCAGGACUUGGAAUAUUUUGCAUCAUCGUUUUAGAAAUUUUAAGAAGAAUUGUGAUGAGUAGGAGGUGAUAUUUGUUGGAAUAAUUCAAUAUAUUUUUUUUAUGUU